UUGCUCCCACACACACACGCUCUCUUCACUUCUCUUCCUCCAGCUCCAUCUUCUCUCCAUCCACACAGCUUGGCAGCUUGCAAACAGUGAGUGCUCUCAGAAUGACCAAAGAUGAGGAUUUCAAGCUGGUCAAGAUCCAGACCCAUGUCUUGAGGGUGAACAUACACUGUGAUGGGUGCAGGCACAAGGUGAAGAAGAUGCUCCAGAAGAUUGAAGGCGUCUACUCGGUGGCCAUCGAUGUGGACAACCACAAGGUCACGGUGACUGGCAAUGUGGACUCUGAGACACUGAUCAGGAAGCUCACCAGAGGAGGCAAGCACGCAGAGCUGUGGUCACAUCAGAAGGGCGGCAGCAACAACCAGGGCCACCACAAGGGCAACAACAACAACCAGCAGAAGCAGCAGCAACAGCAGCAUCAGAAGCAGGCUGCCAACCCAAGCAAGGAUGGCAACAACAAGAACAGCAACAUCAGCCACAAGGACCAGGGCGGCAAGCAUGGUGGAGUUGGGAACCUCAUUCAGGGCCUCAAGGCCUUCAAGAGCCAGCACAACAAGCACCAGCUCCCUGAGCUGAGCUCGGAGGACGACGACGACAUGUAUGAUGAUGACGAAGAUGAUGACGAUGACGAGUUUGACGAUGACUAUGAAGACGAGCUCCGCUUCCUCGGGGACAAGGUGAGCCAGCUCGGCAUCCUCAGGCAGCAGGCUGCGGCGGCCAAUGUCAAGAACAAGAACGGCAAUGGUGCCAAUGUCAACAAUAACCAGAGCAACGGAAAGAAAGGGGGUGGUGGUGCCGCGGUGGGAAACCACCACCAGAAUCAGAAGAUGAACAUGGCUGCGGGGGCGAAUGGCAAGCUGGGGAAUGGUGCUCAGAAGAGCACCGGCGGCAUCAAUGGCUUGAUGGGCCUGAACCAUGGCCUGGGGGCAGGAGGCGCUGCUUCUGGGGGCUACACAGGCGGCUACAGCCACCCAUCUUAUGCUGCCACCGGCUAUGGAGGGCUUCAGCAACAGCACCUCCAGCAGCAGCAGAACAGCAACCUCAUGGCGAGCAUGCAGUCCGGGUUCCAUAACAACCCGGCAGCCGCGGCGGCGAUGAUGAGGGGCCUGAACGGCAACAUGAUGAUGCACCAGCCGCAGCCACAGCCGCAGAUGAUGUACCACCGGUCUCCCCAGAUCAGCCCGUACACCGCCUACUACAACCCGUACAGCUACUACUACCAACAACCUGCGGGCAGCGGCUCUGCUUACCAUCCCACCGGCGCCGGCACUGGGGAUGUUGAGACCAUGUUCAGUGACGAGAACACCAAGGGCUGUGUUGUCAUGUAGGAUUGUUUGUAUCUAGCGGUGUUACAAUGUAGAGAGUUGGGUGAUGAAGAUUGGCAAUGGUGAUCGAUGCAGUCGUACUACUUUUUUACUAGUAUUUUACUGCUUUUAUUGUUUCCUCUUGUACUAUCAAGAAUGGAUCAUGGAUGUUGACUUAGAUGUGGUGUU